AUGAGUCAAUGUAUUACUCCGAAUUUCGAAUACAUUGGUUCUCAUAUCAAUGAUUAUAUUCAAAAUGAUAAUUUCUUUGAUAUAUUCGAUCUCGAAUGCAGCAAUACAAUCAUGAAACAUGCAAAAUUAACAACAACUCAGUUCAUCUCUCUUCUCAAACAAUCUACAUCAACUCUUAAGGCUAGUAAAUUAUACAGAUAUAUACGUAAUGCGAAUGUUACUAUCCAAAGCAUUGACGAGGUCUUUUCAGUUCUUAAAUCAGUCAAAACAUACAUGAAAAUGAAAAUAUUUGAUGGAAUCAUUGAUUUUUUAAAGUUAAAUGGAACGGAAAUGCGUAAUUCUUCCGAAGAAAUCGAAGAACCUCAAGAACAAGUUCAAAUUUUGAAUAAUACAGAGAAUCAAGCACAAGAAGACAGCAAACUCUCUCAAAAUCUUUUAACUAAAAUCUCAUCACUUAAGAAAUAUAAUUGUUUUUAUAAUGUUUACAAAUUCUUUGAAGAACUUUGUCCAGAAGGUGAUCAAGAAAUCAUUUCAAAAUCAUGUGAAGAAGGACUUUUGGAAAAGACAACAAAAGAUGGAAAGAAUGUACUUCAUGUUGCAUGUCAAAAAGGAAAUCUCAAACUUGUUAAAUCUCUCAUGGAAGCUGGCUGUGAUAAAGAAGCAAAGGAUAAGUAUGGAUAUACUCCACUCAUUUUGGCAUCGAGAGAAGGUCAGCUUGAAGUUGUUCAAUAUCUUAUCUCAGCUGGAGCAUUCAAAGAAGCAAAGAAUAAUGAUGGAUUUACUCCACUCAAUUAUGCCUCACAACGUCUUCAUUUUGAAGUAGUUAAAUAUCUUAUCUCAGUUGGAGCUAACAAAGAAACAAAGGAUAUUUAUGGAUAUUCUCCACUCAUUCGGGCUUCAAUAAAUGGUAAUCUUGAACUUGUUCAAUAUCUUAUCUCAGUCGGAGCUGAUAAAGAAGCAAAGGAUAAUGAUGGAUAUACUCCACUCAUUGAAGCAUCAAAAUAUGGUCGUCUUGAAGUUGUUAAAUAUCUUAUAUCAGCUGGAGCUAAUAAAGAGGCAAUGGAUAAUGGUGGAAAUACAGUUCUUUCAUUUGUAGAGAACAUAAAUGUAAGAGAUUAUUUGAUUUCUAUUGGAGCCAAGUAA